ACGCAAAGGCAGAGAGGUCAGGAGGAGGAGAAACCACGUGUGAUUACCAUGUCCAGCUUUGACUGUCCUUCCUCUGUAGACUUGUUUUUGUAAGAUCGUACCCUCUGCAUGUAGCUGGCUAGCCCGUUAGCUAAAGAAGGAGCGUUUCACAGAUUCAUAUAGCAAUUUUGAACAACGGAUUUCUGUUGCCACUUUUGAGCUAACUAGCUGCCACACUGACAGCCAAAUAAUGGUGAGCAAGACGGAUGACAUCCCGGCGUCAGUACCCAACUGUAAUGUUAACACAGUUGAUCUUGCAGGAGAGACGCCAGACCGCAAAGAGACUACCAAGGCACCACACAAGGACCCUUGUGCUUGUGGGCACAGUGCAGACACAGCGGUGAUGAACGGGGGCGGGGCCCACGAUCAUUCGGAGGAGGAGUCCAAGCAGGAUGGGGGUGGUGACACGGACGGUGGAGAGGAUUCUAACGAACAGGAAGUGAUUGUGAUUCAGGAUACAGGUUUCACCGUGAAGAUCCAGGCACCCGGGACGGAGCCUUUUGACCUCCAGGUUUCACCCCAGGAGAUGGUGCAGGAGAUCCACCAGGUGUUGAUGGACCGUGAGGACACCUGCCAUCGUACCUGUUUCUCCCUGCAGCUGGACGGCAACGUGCUGGAUAACUUUGCUGAGCUCAAAUCCAUCGAGGGCCUGCAGGAGGGCUCCCUGCUCAAAGUAGUGGAAGAGCCCUACACAGUGCGUGAGGCCCGUAUCCACGUGCGUCACAUCAGAGACCUGCUGAAAAGCCUGGACCCGUCUGAUGCCUACAACGGAGUGGACUGCAACUCCCUCUCCUUCCUCAGCGUCUUCACCGACGGGGACCUGGGAGACAGUGGUAAGCGGAAGAAGAAAGGCAGUGAGCUGGAGCAGAUAGACUGUACCCCUCCAGAACACAUCCUGCCUGGCAGCAAAGAGCGCCCCCUGCUGCCCCUCCAGCCACAGAACAAGGACUGGAAGGUAAUAAUAAUGCCCAUGCAAUGCCUGAAGGUCCUGACUAUGAGUGGCUGGAACCCCCCUCCUGGCAACAGGAAGAUGCAUGGUGAUCUCAUGUACCUGUAUAUGGUGACUGUUGAGGAGAGACACAUCAGUAUCACCGCCUCUACACGUGGCUUCUACCUCAACCAGUCGACCACCUACACCUUCAACCCCAAGCCAGCCAACCCCAGCUUCCUGAGCCACUCGUUGGUUGAGCUGCUGAGCCAGAUAAGCCCUGCCUUCAAGAAGAACUUCACUGCCCUGCAGAAGAAAAGGGUCCAGCGGCAUCCGUUUGAGAGGAUAGCCACGCCUUUCCAGGUGUACAGUUGGACCGCCCCCCAGGUGGACCACACCAUGGACUGUGUCAGAGCUGAAGACGCUUACACCUCUCGUCUGGGCUAUGAGGAACAUAUACCUGGACAGACGCGAGACUGGAAUGAGGAGCUGCAGACAACCAGAGAGCUGGCCCGAAAGAAUCUGCCUGAACGCCUGCUGAGAGAGAGGGCCAUCUUCAAGGUCCACAGUGACUUUGCGGCUGCUGCCACUCGUGGUUCCAUGGCGGUGAUCGACGGCAACGUGAUGGCCAUCAACCCUGGCGAGGAGACGCGUAUGCAGAUGUUUAUCUGGAACAACAUAUUUUUCUCCCUGGGCUUCGAUGUCCGCGACCACUACCGCGAGCUGGGCGGGGACGCUGCCGCGCACGCUGCUCCCACCAACGACCUCAACGGUGUCCGGGCUUACGGGGCCGUAGACGUGGAGGGGCUGUACACCCUGGGGACAGUGGUGGUGGACUAUCGUGGUUACCGUGUCACGGCCCAGUCGAUCAUCCCUGGUAUUCUGGAGAGAGAGCAGGAGCAGAGCGUUAUCUACGGGUCUAUCGACUUUGGGAAGACAGUGGUGUCUCAUGGGAAGUACCUGGAGCUGCUGGAGAGGACCAGUCGACCACUGAAGGUCCAGAGGCACGAUGUGCUGAAUGAGAAGGAUGAGUCUGUGGAGCUGUGUUCCUCUGUUGAGUGUAAGGGCAUAAUUGGCAAUGAUGGACGCCACUACAUCCUGGACCUUCUGAGGACCUUCCCCCCCGACCUGAACUUCCUGCCAGUGGAAGGGGAGGAGCUUUCCCCUGAGAGUGUGAGACAGGGUUUCCCCCGCCAGCACCGCCACCGUCUGGCCUGCCUCCGACAGGAGCUCAUCGAGGCCUUCGUCGAGCACAGAUACCUCCUCUUCAUGAAGAUGGCAGCGCUCCAGCUGAUGCAGCAGAAAGCCAACAAGGAGAGCAAGAUGGCCGCCCUGACAGAGAACAGCAGCCCCGAGGCAGCCGUUCCAGCCCUGCCCUCCACAGAGACCCCUGAUGCCUCGGCCGAGUCCUCAGAAACUUCCACAGAAACCCUCACUGACGGCAACUCAGACGCAGCCCAGACGGAGACCACCUCCACCUCUGAUGCCCCUCAGGCAGCAGCAACAGAAGCCACCACCACAGAAGCAGCCCCCAAGGCAGAACCAGCAACAGAAACAGACAGUCUCGCUGCUGCAUCAACAACAACCACUAAUGCCUCCCAGGCAACCCAUACAGAGGAUAAUGUGGUUCCCACGGCGACCACCAAUGGGCCGUUGGUGCCCGUUGGCACGACGAUUCAGAACGGGGAGUGCGAGAGCCCUCUGGAGGCUAAGGCUGAGGAUAGUAUCCCGGGCUUAGCGCAGGCCAAAGAGCUGGCUGAGUUCUUAGCCGCGGAAGACGGAUCCGGUAUCGACCCUAAAAGCCGAGAGGUGGUCCUCAACGCCUGCAAGGCUGUGGGUUCCAUCAGCAACACCUCCUUCGACAUCCGCUUCAACCCAGACAUCUUCUCUCCAGGAGUGCGUUUCCCUGAGGACAGUGCGGAUGACAUUCAGAAACAGAAGCAGCUGUUGAAGGAUGCUGCAGCCUUCCUGGUGUCCUGUCAGAUCCCAUCUCUGGUGAAGGACUGUCUGGACCACAGUGCUCUGCCCAUGGAUGGAGCCACGCUGUCCGAGGCACUGCACCAGAGGGGCAUCAACGUGCGUUACCUAGGCAAUGUGCUGGAGUUCGUGGACAAGACCCCAGCCAAGGCACAGCUGGAGCACUUCUAUAGAAUAGGUAUCAGCGAGUUGAUCACCAGAUGUGCGAAACAUAUCUUCAAGACAUACCUCCAGACUAUGUACUCCGUCUCCCAGGGUGUGGAGUUGUCGGCCCUCUCCGCCGCUGUCAGCCACUUCCUCAACUGCUUCCUGUCCUCCUUCCCCGAUGCCGUGGCACACCUGCCUGCCGACGAGCUUGUAUCGCGCCGCAAGAACCGUAAACGUCGUAACCGCGUCCCGGGGGGAGGGGACAACACGGCGUGGGCCAGCCUGACACCCAGCGAGCUGUGGAAAAACAUAGUCUCUGAGGCCCAGAGCUACUACCACUUCACCCUGCACUGCGAGAAUGCCGACCAGGUAGUGGAGAAAUACGGCCUUCAGAAGAUCACCCUGCUCAGAGAAAUCUCCAUCAAAGCUGGCAUCCAGAUCCUGAUAAAGGAGUAUAACUUUGACAGUCGCCACAAGCCUGCCUUCACAGAGGAGGACAUCCUUAACAUCUUCCCUGUGGUGAAGCACGUCAACCCCAAGGCCUCAGAUGCCUUCCACUUCUUCCAGAGUGGACAGGCCAAGGUCCAGCAAGGUUACCUGAAGGAGGGCUGUGAGUUGAUCAACGAGGCUCUGAACCUGUUCAACAACGUGUACGGGGCCAUGCACGUAGAGAUCUGUGCCUGCCUGCGUCUGCUGGCUCGCCUCAACUACAUCAUGGGAGACCACCACGAGGCUCUCAGUAACCAACAGAAGGCUGUCUUGAUGAGUGAGAGAGUGCUGGGCAUUGAGCACCCCAACACUAUCCAGGAAUAUAUGCACUUGGCUCUGUACUGCUUUGCCAAUGGUCAGCUGUCCACUGCCCUGAAGCUGCUAUACCGUGCCCGCUACCUCAUGCUGAUGGUAUGUGGGGAGGACCACCCCGAGAUGGCGCUGCUAGAUAGUAACAUUGGCCUGGUGCUGCACGGAGUAAUGGAGUACGACCUGUCUCUGAGGUUCCUGGAGAAUGCCUUGGCCAUCAACUCCAAAUACCACGGACACCGCUCCCUCAAAGUAGCCCUCAGUCAUCAUCUGGUUGCGAGGGUUUACGAGAGCAAGGCAGAGUUCCGCUCUGCGCUCCAGCAUGAAAAGGAGGGCUACACCAUCUACAAAAACCAGGUGGGAGAGGCCCACGAGAAGACUAAAGAGAGCUCAGAGUACCUGAAGUACCUCACACAGCAGGCUGUGGCUCUGCAGAGAACCAUGAAUGAGAUCUACAAGAAUGGCUCCAACGCCAGCAUCAUGCCACUCAAGUUCACAGCACCCAGUAUGGCGAGUGUUCUAGAGCAGCUCAAUAUCAUCAACGGCAUCAUCUUUAUACCCCUCAGCCAAAAGGACUUGGAGAACCUGAAGGCGGAGGUCCAGCGGCGGCAGCUGCUUCAGGAGUCAGGGAAGAGUGUGGGGGAGCUCACUGUGGACAGUCCACUAGAGCUAGACGACAAAAUACCCAUGGACGUUAACGUUGAUUAACGUCAAACCCUUCACACCACACUACUUUCUGCAAGGGAGAGGACGUGAUGCAACAGCCAUCUCCUUGAAUGAGCAUGUGGACCCGAGAACUGAGCUGUCUAAAAAAUCUACAAUAAAAACAAAAGGGGUGAGGGAUUGUUCGGGGCAGUCAAAGAGAAACAUCUAUGUAUACAGUAGGUAUAGAGUUUAUAAGAGGAGCUUCAAGGAGUAACACAGCAGGAGUUACAGUAUAUACAGUGGUAGGAGAAUAUAGAAUCCAUGUUAACAUGUUCAAUCUGAAAGCCUGCAGCCUCGAGCUUUGGUAAAGAAACAGAACGAAUGUCAACUUGAUAUCUGCUGCUGUGUAAGUGUGUGUGGCUGUGUGUGAGAGAAGGCGACCAAGGACGACCAUGACAUUGUAUUACCAGAGCCUUAUCCACUGUUCAUCCAACUCCACAUCAACCAACUGUUCCCCCUACCCAAGGACCACUCUUUACCCCUCCAAAACUCCUGAAAGAGCCACUGCGGCAACUAGGGCUUCCAGUUUCACCAUGGCCCCAUUUUGCCUCGAAAUAACUUCUAACACCCUGUCCCAAAACUCAGGGGAUUUUUUUUACUGUGUGCUAGGUGAGAUUAAGAAACAGUCAUUAAAAUUAAGAGAUUUCUCUGUUUUGGGCAACAGAAUGUAAACUCCCUUCUCUUGCAUUUAGUCUUGUUAAUCCUCACCAAUCACCCAUUUACUCUUGAGUGUCCCCAAUGGUCAGUCAAAAACGAUUUGUAUUUCAUGGUUUUAUCCCAGGUGGGUGGCUGCUGUGUUCCUUGGAUCUAUCGCAGCAAAACAGGCUAUGACGCAUGUGAGCUCUCAAUCAAUCUUUUGAUUGUUACACCUUUUUUCAGUAAAAAUUCAUCUUUUUGUAAAAGCAAAAUGGUAAGGGGGGGGGACUACAUUUUUAGGUAUGUCAAUUAUCCAUUCAUUUAAAGGUAGAGUCAGCGAUAUGAUGUAGGUGCACAAAGUAAACGGCGUAGUGGGUCAAUUUCCGCAACAACUAAGAGCGUUGAAGCACGAGGCUAAACUCACCCACUGUUUUGGUCCCGUACCUACCACACUCGAACAGUGUGAAGCGAACCCAUGCACAUGUGCUGAUACUGUGUGGGAGCGAAGUCAUGCAUCUUGCUCAUUGCAAUAUCUGCGGUGCUGGCUCGUGGCAACAUCAUUUCGCUGAGUCUACCUUUAAGCCAUGUCUGUUUUAUAGAAAAUAUCAGUGGAAAAGAUGUAUAAAUAAAUCUGUCUAUGGGGUUUAGACAGGUACUUGAUUAAUGUUGGAAAUACAGAUAUGAAAUGUCCAACUAUGGCUUGAGCAGUAGACUCUAUAGGUCUCUUAUGUUAGAUGUGUCCAGUCUUUUAUUUUUCCACUUUGAAAGAAUAUGUGCAUGUAUGUUUGUUUCUGUGUGUGUUUGUGUAGUCAGCGAGAAGGAAUCGGAUAUGGCCAUGAUGAGUUUGUGACACUUGCUGCUUUGUAGUAUAAUGACUAGGUUGGGUAAGCCACGACUUUCCAAAUGUUGUAUUUUUAUACACAAAGGCUGUGUUUACACAGGAAGCCCAAUUCAGAUAUUUUGCCCAAUUAUUGGCAAAAGAUCUGAUUGGUCAAAAGAUCAAUUAGUGGCAAAAAUAUCAGAAUUGGGCUGCCUGUGUAAACGCAGCCAUAGUAAACCAUGGGACGGCUAAUGCAAACUUUUAUUCUCAUGUAACAUUCUUGGCCAGCAAUGUUGUAAAUCUGUUCAUAUGAAGUGGUUAAAUGAGAAACUUCUCCCUAUCAUUCGAUAGAAUAGACUUAACCAUGGCCAUAGACUUGUUCAUUGUUUGUCUGUUUCAAAAUAGUAAACUGUUAUGUUUCCAUUGUUUGGUAAACCCAUUCAACAAGUUGACAGUAUGUCAGGCCACAGCAGGCAAUGUAUGAACAAAGUUUCCUCAGUAUUGAGUGCACUUUCAAGUGCUGUCUGUCUAAAUGCAUACACACAGCACCACCAAAAGUGGGUUGAGAAGGGCUUCUUCAAUAUACCAAAGAAGACUGAUAGAGGUGUGUUUUGUGUGCGCUUGUGUGCGACCCUCCCUUGCAAAUGUCUUUCUAAAAAUUGUUGCAGUGUCUAAAUGUAUGUGAUUAAAGCAAUAGAAAUGAUGCUGGAACUGAUCCUUUUGAAGUGCUGCACUUGUGUCGCUGCAAGACAAACUGCUGUCAUUGUAAGUGAAAGGCUGUCAUCAAGAGGGGAAAGAACAGUUACUGUAAUGAAUUUCUUGAUUAUUAUGCUCCUAAAAAAAUGGUGGGACAAUAGAACUUUGUGUGUGAUUUGUGCCUAUUUACGUUUAGAAACGGAACCAGGGUGUUAUUGGUUUUCUUGUCAACUCUUCAAAACGUUUUAAAAUGAGUUUUUUUUCUGGUUUCUUGCUUUUUAUUUUUGCUCAUGUUUUUCAUAGGGAUACCACGGGUUUCCUUUUUGAAGUAUGUACUGUAUAUCUGCAUUUCCUUCCUCCCUUCAGGUUCAACUUCCUCCAUGAAUGUCAGUCCUGUCUUGCAUUACGCUUUGUGGCCAUCGGGUGAUGCUCUAGAGAGUACUUUCUUCAGAACCAUCAGAAACAAAUGAAAAGGCUUUAUUAAUUUGGAAAAUAUUUUUGUCCCAUAUGGACGUUCACAAGCAAAUCUCAAUGCUAGAGUGUAACUAUUUCACAUGCUUCUCACUCACUUGACUUUGAGGGAAGCAAAAUAAACAAGUAUUUGAUAGAAUUGAGGACGAUGUGAACCUGAAAAAUUGCAAAGACUACUGCUUGAUGAACAUUGGUGAACUUUUUGAAACUCUUACAAAAAACUAUUGUUUGAGAUUUUGCCCAUUUCUGAUAGAAUAAACUCAUUGAGAAUUAUACAAAAUAAUUUUGGUCUGCUUAGAGACAUCUAUUUUUUUUUUAUGGAUCAUAAAAUCAUGGUGCUUCUAUUCUAUUUAAUCACAAAGGCACUAAUUGUUGUUGGAGUAAAGCUGUAAUUCUGUUCUAAUUGCGUCGUAAUAUUCCUCUUGAUACAUUCAAGUAAUUGCAUGAGAAACUGAUCUGACUGUUCUUUAGAUGUUUACUACCGUCUGUCAGGCUCGUCUGUCAGGCUCAGAUUAAUUUAGUAGGGAGUGACAGACCUCCGGUUUAUUUUAUCAAAGCUGAAGACAAUGUAUAAUUUUAGUGUCAAUUUAACAUUUUUCAUUUCCAGAUCAUUCAAAUUACGCAUUGCUUCAUCUUAUGUAAACCCCUGGGUUUGUAUGGAUGGAUGUCCUUUAAAUUCUGAAUGUCUCCAAAUGUUGAUAGGUCAAAUUACAAAACGAAGAACCGGAAUGUUGAGUGAAAUGUUUGCACAUUUACAUUUUGAGAAUUUAUUUCGGACAGUAAGGCCAUAAGGGGAUUGGGGAGGAGUCACUUGAACAUUUGAAGCUCUGCAAAUGACUCCCAGCACUUAAUCGAUGUCGCACAUAGGAUACUGUUAUCCUGUAUAUUUACUCUCCCCAAUUUGAUACAAAAAUGUUUAUUUGUCAAGAUGACACAUCUAUUCACCUAAGCAGCACACAAGAAAGCACCAAUCGAGUUGUCUAUUUACUACAUAGAAAAAUAGAAGGCUCUGACCAUCAACAUUUCAUAGAUGCACUGACACGGAGCUGGGUUGUCUCUGCCCUCUCGUCUAGAAGGGAGAAAAUAGGUCCUAUGGGGCAAAGACAGUACCAAUCGGGUCCCUAUCACCUCACUGUAGAUGGCUGUCUAACGCACACUGAUCAGCUUGCAUUGUAUCCGUCUGUGUAGCACUCAAAACGAGGGUUUGUCCGUUUGAGGUUUCAUUCUUCUGUUUUCUCUUUUUUCUUGAACUGAUGAGAUUUCUUCUGCACAUUUCUAGUGUUAAAAGUCUGCUUCCCUGGCUGUGUGGUACCUGUCUGUUGCUCUUUACAAAAUAACAAUCUAAUUAUUUUUGGUCUGAGUAUGCUUUUGUAUUAAAAUGAAUAAAGAAAACUAGCAAAUAA